UACCAGAACCUGACUCCGCAAAAUCGGCAGGACCUGUAGGUAACGAGGAAAAGGCUUCUCGGGAUUUUAAAAACUCUGACGUAACUGCUAAUCAGUUGCAUGUAGGGGACAGUUUGUCAAGAUGGUUUGAUGUUGCAAUGGACAUAAAUACCGACCCACCCGAAAGUGUUCAUAAUUCAUCGACUGACAACAGUUUCGUUGAAACAGUGAUCGUUCCCAUGACAACAACUAGUGUAUAUGAAGAAGGCACAAUGACACCAGUAACGGUCAUGAGCAUCAAAAACAAUGACGUAACAUCUGCUAGUGCUACGGAACUGUCGACGAUGUCCACAACAUCAGGCUACGUCAUUGAAACUACAGAAGGCAUGGGUGAGUCUGAAACUACCACAUCGUCAACAAAUCUAAACAAACAUCUCACGAUGUCUUCAUCUAUAGCAUUUCCCGAAAAAUUCGCACAAGAACCUAUGACGUCUACAACUAUCACACCAACCGACAAUCUAACACAGGAACCAGUGACGUCAACAACGGUUUUGAUGACUACAGGCUCACGUAGCACGGCGGUUGCAAAAUCUGGACCUACUGAACCAGCAGAAUUUGAUAAUCAAAAGCAAUCUUCGAAAGGGGCCAAAGACAAGAACACUGCACUAAGAAGUCGCCAUGAGGAACGUGCUCAGACUAUUAGACGGCUGUAUGAACUUCUCCGUCAAUACAAAAAUAAAUUUAAGGACAGGCCUUCCAGAAUACCUCAAAAUCAAGAUGGCAAAGUAGUCAACAAGGGUCAUAGCAGGGGACGUGACACACUCACAGCCAGAAACAACCGACACCAUCGAAUCGGAGGUCUAGCGGACACUUCUCGCAUGAUUAGGAAACACCAACAACAUCGAGGCCACGAAAAACUAAAUUUAAAUAAGCUGCACCACAUCCCAACUUUGCAUCGUGACCAGAUCAACAGACACGAACAGGUUUUAGGACAUUUACAAGAACACGGCAAAAGGAAAAGCAAUAUAGAUAAACAUAUUACAAGGGGGAUGCUGGGAGAUGGAAACCGUCACCAUGAGACCACGCAUGCGCAAGGACAACAUGAGACCAGGCAUGCGCUAGGACACCAUGACACCACGCAUAAGUUUGGACACCAUGACACCACGCAUGCGCUAGGACACCAUGACACCACGCAUGCGCUAGGACACCAUGGCACCACGCAUGCGCUAGGACACCAUGGCACUACGCAUAAGUUUGGACACCAUGACACCACGCAUGCAAUAGGACACCAUGACACUACGCAUGCGCUAGGACGCCAUGCCACCACGCAUGCGCUGGGACACCAAGACACCACGCAUGCGCUAGGACACCAGGACACCACGCAUGCGCUAGGACACCAUGGCACCACACAGAAGCUAGGAGGUAGUCUCUUUAGUAAUAGACAGCGGUCUAAGCCGUCCAAUAUCAGUAAGAGAAGAAAUAAUGCUUUACUGAAAAAACUAGCACAUUGGUUUCAUUUGCAUUAA